UAACGUCAUCGGAGUGGGCCGGAAAUGAAACGGCAUACCCGGAAGUGCGCGAGGAAGGAGAACCCGGAAGCGCCAUGGGAUGCGAUGGCGGCACCAUUCCCAAGCGGCACGAGCUGGUCAAGGGGCCCCGCAAAGUCGAGAAGGUUGACAAAGUUGCUGAGUUGGUGGCCAGGUGGUUCUACUGUGCCCUGAGCCAGGAGAAGCUGCGCCGGCCCAUCGUGGCCUGUGAGCUGGGCAGGCUGUACAACAAAGAUGCCAUCAUUGAAUAUUUGUUGGACAAAUCCCCUGAUAAAACCCCCAUGGAAUCUGCAUCCCAUAUCAAGAGCAUUAAGAACGUGACAGAGCUGCAGCUGGUGGAUAACCCAGCCUGGUGUGGGGACAAGGAGAGCAUCAAGGGGGACAAGUACGAUGACCUGCAGGCUGCACGCUUCAUCUGCCCCGUGGUGGGGCUGGAGAUGAAUGGCAGGCACAGGUUUUGCUUCCUGAGAAACUGUGGCUGUGUGUUCUCUGAGCGUGCUCUCAAGGAAAUUAAAGCAGAAGUUUGUCACAAGUGUGGUGUUCCCUUUCAAGAGGAAGACGUGAUUGUCCUUAAUGGUAAUAAAGAGGAUGUGGAAAUUCUGAAGAAAAGGAUGGAGGAAAGAAGACUUAAAAGUAAAUUGGAAAAGAAAUCGAAGAAAGGCAAGACAGCAGCAGCAGCUUCUCAGCAAGAGCCCUCUGCAGAUUCUCCAGGUCCUUCAAAAGCUAAGAGUGGAAAAGAUUGUGUCAAUUCCAGCUCUGGGGAAAACAGGCAGAUAAUCUUCACCAAAAGUUCAGAGAAUGGAAACCCAUCAGUCCCAGGAAAAGUCAAUAAAGCUCCUUCCACCAGCACCAAGAGAUCCAUUGCAGACAGCGAGGACAAGUCUGAGGCUUACAAAUCUAUUUUUACAACUCACAGCUCAGCCAAACGUUCCAAGGAGGAGUGUUCCAACUGGGUUACUCACACAGCUUACUAUUUCUGAAACAAUGAGGAGCACCCACAGCUCCUUCCCUCCCCGUGGCUCCCCUGUCCAGCUCUGCUGCAGAGCUUUGUGCUGCCCUGCUCCUGGCUGCAGUUCCUGUUUGUAAGUUGGUUAUAAACCUGGUCAUAGCUGGAGAGCCUCUGUCAGCUGCAGCUUCUGGUAAAUAAGAAGCAGACCAGCAGAAUCCAUGUUGUAGCAGCAGAUUUCAUUCUGAAAUGUUGGAAUUUUUGCACAAAAUUCUCCUUUUCUCCUCCUCAGUCACGGUGUCCUCAGGAGGAGAGAAGUUCUUGCUCUCCUCCUCUGUUGAUUUGUGCCACAAAAUAAUUGUGUAAUUACAGUUUUCAGUGUAUUACUGCAGAAUUCAACCCCUCUGUAACUUUUUGACAGCAAAAAGAGAAAUAGCCUUUUUUUUUUUUUUUUUGUCAAGCUAACUGGGUCCUCAGUAGAACUCUGUAUUUCUAAAAGGUUCUGUAGGUAUUUCCAAAUAAUUUAAUUUGACAGAGUAGAUGAGAGCACAGUCACGAAAAUGUUUGUGCAACAUCCUUGUCCAUGUUGUAUUCUGUUUGUAGCAGCAGAACAUCCCCUUGGUAAUGGCUGGAUCCCAUCAUACCCACGUGGAAUGACCAGAGGGAAGGCUGCAACUUUUUCACUUUCCUCUCUCCCUCUUUUAAAAUUGAAAUCUGCUUUUCUGAUCUUGGCACAAACUAACCAGAAUAGAAAUGCAGAAAGUAGGAGGCUUUAAAAACCACUGCAUGAUGUUACCUUGUUACCUUUGUGUGUGAAAAUGAUUAAUUAUCCUUGUAAUAGGAUUUUAAAAGUGUCCCCAUUUAUAAUUGGCAGUAGUUACCUGGAGAUUCAAAUGUUGAUAUUUGCAUAGGUGGUCUCCAUGAUUCAAACAGCUUGAAUGAAACUGCUGGGGUUUUAUUAUUCUUUUGAUAGGUAUAAUUAAAAAUUGGUUUGCUGUAGAAUUUA